AUGAUGAACACGUCGGUAUUGACGGAACAACACGAGGAUUUGCAAAAAUACUUCGAGAAGCGUAAUAUUUUUCUUCACGAAAGGAAAAAUCUGUGACUUUUUCAGAAUUUUGGAAUGAGGACGAGGAAAAGUUUCGUAAAGCUUUCGUUGCGGUUUUUGAUCAGUAUAUAUACGUCAGUUUUCGAUAUUCUCGGUCGCAUUUGGAAUGGCUAGACGAUUCCGCAUGCGACAAAUAAAGAGAUGGAAUUUUUUUUUUUCAAGGACAACCUGACUUUGGAUGAAGCUGAGCUGAAGGGAAUGUUUCCCAAGACGUUUUUGGACAAAUACGUGGUAAAUUGCCGGAGUAAAAAUGCAAGGGUUGGUUUUUUUUUUCGUGAUGAUAGACGGUGAGUUUUGAGGCCUAUUAAGUAGAAAAUCAUCACUAGAGUAUUUUCUGUUGAUGUGAAAAAAAUUCUAUAAACUUCACCGUCUCGAAAGCUUCCAAGAAAUGGAAUAAAGUAUGAAUUUUCUAAGAAAAAAACCUUUUUUCAAACAGAUUUCAAUAAAACGUUUCGAUAAUUUUUUUUUUUAAUGAAUUUUUUCCAAUUCUGACACUUCAAAGGAUAGUCUAUUGAACUUUUCCAAAUUAUUUUACCUCAAUCAUUUAUUUUUUCAGUUUCUCGACUGGAUGAUAGGAGAAAGUUCGAGACUGCAGGAUCUGUUCUACAAGGAAUUUAUCGAUCCAAUGAUCGAAAUUAAUCGUGUUUCAAUGAGUACCGUCAUUCAGAAAUAUGCCCAGUUGGUUUUUUGCACAUUUUCGUUAAGUUUUCAUAUGAAAACAGGAAAACCGCUCGAAAAUUGUGAAAAAAUAACCGAAAAUCGGAAAGAGAAGCCCCCAAUUCAACCCUUUGUUUAACAUUUUCGUCGAAAUUUUCUAUUGAAACAAAUAUUUCGCUUCAAAAUCGUGAAAAAACCCGUGAAACUUGAAAGGCUUACUAGGGAACGUUUUUUACCCCCCGGUUGAACUUUUGACGAAACUUUGCAGAGAUGUACUUUGAGGUCUCCUGAAUCCAGAACAAGGAAAAAAUUUCUCGCAAUAGACCUUGUUUUCGAGAUAUGCAGCCUCGAAGUUUGCACGUGAGAUCUGCGGAAGCAUGGAAGAGGGAAUAUGUUGCGCGCAGUGUCGGUUGAAUGCCAGGUGAUUCGUGGCAGAGUGGUAUGAGGGCGCGCCCUAUGUGCGAACUGUAGUGGGUUCGGCCCCAUUUCGCUGCAAAAUUUUGCAAAAAAUCUUUUGCCGAAUGUUUAAAGAAGGAUGAUGCAAUUUUUUUCAAACUCUUCGCAACAGUAUUCCUUUAUUCAUUUGAAUUUUUUUAGAAAGAUUUUUGUUUUUGUCAUAAGCGCUGAAAUUUUUGUUUGGUUUGAAUGUAUUGGUUGUGUUUUUGCAUAUUGUUAUACUUCAGACGGGUUGAUAUUCAAUCAUCAUUUCAAAAUUUUUGAGAAUGGAAAUUUUUUUAAUUCCACAAAAUUAGUUUAUUUCAAUUCGUUCCAUCCAGGUGGAUGGCUUUGAAUGAUUGGAGUUUUGGCAAAAGAUUUUUUGCAAAACUCGUCAGCAAAGGCGUUUUGAACCCACCACAGCUCGCACAUAGUGCGCGCCCUCAUACCACUCUGCCACGAAUCACCUGGCAUUCAACCGACACUGCGCGCAACAUAUUCCCUCUUCCAUGCUUCCGCAGAUCUCACGUGCAAACUUCGAGGCUGCAUAUCUCGAAAACAAGGUCUAUUGCGAGAAAUUUUUUUCUUGUUCUGGAUUCAGGAGACCUCAAAGUACAUCUCUGCAAAGUUUCGUCAAAAGUUCAACCGGGGGGUAAAAAACGUUCCCUAGUUAGUAGACUAGGCGGUGAAAAAAAAAUUUCAAGUUGUCAAGUGGUUAAAAUCCGAGAUUGCAAAUCCAGGGGUCACGAGUUCGAUAUCCCUCUUUGUCAGAAUAUCCCGAAAAGGCAAAUUUUUCGGCUUAUGUACUACAUGGUUCGAUUUUGAUACACUAGAAAACUUGCUUUACGAAAAUCGCGGAUAGUCAAACGGCUUAAGGUUCAGGCUAUAAAUCUAAGGUCACGAGUUCGGUCCCUCUUCGUUUUUUGCUGAAAAAAUGCCCAAAAAAGCCCGAAAAUUUUUAGGGAAAACCUGUAUUAUUUUGCCAAGCCUUUUUUCAGAACUUUUUCAGGUAUAAAAUUCCAAAAUCUUCCCUUUUUACUUUCAGAUUCGCCUAUUGCGUGAACCAAAAUCCUAAAUUUCGCAAAGACUGCGGGUUUAUCGCCGAAUACAUCAUUCGUGAGUUCUUAAUAUAA